CAAACAUUCACUUUUGCUUUGCGCUUUCUGACCUUCUACCGUCAUACGCUUGCAUGGUGAUUGGUUGAACUGAACCGACGUUCAUCGCUCGGAGAGAACGUGAUCGCGACGAUGCGUCUUCUGAAGCGCUUGCCGAGCGGCGGCUUCGAGCUAGUGUCGUUCAGCGACGACGACCCCCCUCCGUACGCUAUCCUUUCGCACACCUGGACCGAGGGUCAAGAAGUCACGUACAAUGAACUGGUCGCAGGUACAGGCACAGAGAAGACUGGCUACAACAAGAUCCGCUUCUGCAGUGAACGAGCUGCAGCGGACGGCCUAGAGUACUUCUGGGUCGAUACCUGCUGCAUCGACAAGUCUACCAGCGAUGAGCUCAGUACAGCGAUCAACUCCAUGUUUCGCUGGUACCAGCGGGCAUCCAAGUGCUACGUAUGCCUCUCGGACGUCGUUGUGCCGGACGAGGUCACCGACGCUGGAGUCUUCCGCUUAGCGUGGCAGGAAGGCUUUCGACGGAGCCGAUGGUUCACGCGAGGCUGGACGUUGCAAGAGCUUCUGGCGCCGGCUGGUGUUGAGUUCUUCUGCAAGCACGGCAAGCGGCUGGGUAGCAGGGUGUCUUUGGAGCAGGAAAUUCACAAGAUCACCAAGAUACCUAUCGCGGCUCUAAGAGGGCAAAGCCUCAGCGAGUUCAGUGUUGAGGAUCGAAUGAGCUGGGCAGCUGGGCGCACGACGACGUUGAAGGAGGACAAGGUGUAUUGUCUGUUGGGCAUCUUUGGUGUGUUUCUGUCGCUUAUAUAUGGAGAAGGAGAAGCAUACGCCAAUCUACGGCUGAAGGACGAGAUACAGAGGCGGCAAGAGGGACACGGAACAGAAAGCUUGCGUGACUUGUCCGUCUUCUCGUCGCUACCAUUCGCGAGGAACGAGCAAUUUGUUGGACGAACAGACGAGCUCCGAUCUCUCGAACAGCAUCUCCUCGUCUCCGACACCCACCGUCGCAUGACAAUAUAUGGACUGGGAGGGUGUGGGAAGUCAGCGCUUGCCAUCGAGCUUGCAUAUCGCGUACUGGCAACGCACGCUAGACUGGUGUUCUGGGUGCCUGCUGUCAGUCAGGACAGCUUCGAGCUUGCAUACCGGGAGAUCGGAGCCCGCCUCCGCGUACCAGGAAUCACUGAUGACAACGCGGACGUCAAGAAGCUUGUUCAGGUGGCACUCAGCUCAGAGAGCGUGGACGACUGGCUGAUGAUUGUCGAUAAUGCUGACGAUCAUGAGGUACUACUAGGUACCGCGAAUAGCGACUUGAAGCCAGCUCGACUGAGCGACUAUCUCCCGCGCAGUGAUAGAGGCGCGAUUCUUUUCACCACUCGAAGUAGGAAGGUGGCUAAUGCUCUAACGCAGAGCAGUGUUCUGGGACUGAGUGAUAUGGGCAAAGCGGAAGCCAAGCAACUACUAAUGCGACGGAUAACGAAGCAGGCGUUGCUUGAUGACGAAACGGCUGUAGACAAACUGUUGGACAUACUCGCAUGUCUACCGCUUGCUAUCGUGCAGGCAGCCGCUUUCAUGAACAACAACGAUGUGUCAGUGCCCGAUUACAUAUCGUUGUUCCAAAAUACUGGUGCAGAGACCGAGCUCUUCGGCGAGCGCUUCGAAGACCCCAGCAGAUACGAUGAACUUGACAGCACGAUCGCGAAGACGUGGCACAUCUCUUUCGAUCAGAUACGCAAGCAAGAUCAGCUAGGCGCGAAAUAUCUCUCGUUCAUAGCAUGUAUUGACCGCGUCAACAUCCCCCAGUCGUUACUGCCUCCUGGAGCCUCUUUGGUGCAGCAAACGAAAGCGCUGGGAACACUAACAGGGUACGCGUUCAUAACAGAGCGCCUGCAAACGGGACAAGAGUCAGAUGGAGGCAGGUUCUUCGAUAUGCACCGACUGGUGCACAUGGCGUCUGUCUGGUGGCUUGACAGACACGAUGAGCGUGCAGCAUGGGUGGACGCAGCGGUGGCGCGGCUCGAAGAGGUAGUGCCGUACGGCGGGCAUGAGAACAAGGAGGUAUGGACGACGUACCUGCCGCACGCGAUCUAUGUGGCUGGAAGCUACGGUAUAGCAGGCAAUGCAGCCAGCACUUCGCUGCUAGAUCGCGUAGGGCGGUGUCAAACAACCCUCGGGCAAUAUUCGGCAGCAGAGACGACGCACCGACAAGUCUUGUUGGUCAGAGAGAAAGUGCUUGGGCCCGAGCACCCAGACACGUUGACGAGCAUGAACAAUGCAGAGAAGAUGCAUCGCGAGACGCUGAGGCUGAGAAAGAAGGUGUUGGGAGACAAGCACCCAGACACGCUGACGAGCAUGUACAGCCUUGCUUACGUUCUUGCGAAGCAGCUCCGUUACGAUGACUCCCGCUAUCUAUUUGACCAAGUAUGCGCUGCAUACGACACUGUUCUUGGAGAGGAUCACCCAACUACUCGCACUUGUCUCAAACACUAUCACCAGAUGCUCGCGUUGCAAGAACAGAAUCAAACCUUUCUCUGUUCUGGAAGGCCGCCAAGUAAUGUAGGCAUGCCCGCAAGCAAGAGAUCGAUAGUAUCACGUGCACUGGCGAAGAUCGGCAUCAGAAGAUCAAAGUUACACGUAGACUAGUUCAGCCACCGUCGCAUGUGUACACUUCGCUCGUACAGGUACGACUGUGUAAUCAUACUCCUCCUAACAUCUAGUCACUCAACAGCUUCAGCCGCA